AAUUGAUAUUACAGAUAAAAAAAAUCAAUAUCAGUUUUAACUCACAAACGAUACAGAAAAAAUCUUAUUUUUCAAUUUAAUUUUCUUUGGUAAAAUGUAUAUAAAUAUUUUUAUAGGAAUGAGUAUGUUUUGUAAUUUUGUACCUGACUUUGUCAUAUCAAAAGGAAACGAUCCUGUUCCCCAACAACUUAAAUGGGAUGAGAAAUAUCCAUGGUUGGCAGUAGUAACAACUGCAGAACGUGAAAAAAUUUAUAACAUAUUUCAAAUUUUUCAAAAUGGGGAAAAUGAUAAUAGCUUUGUUGAAAGAAAAAAUGAGGAUAUGUGGCAAAAUGUAGGUGCUGAACCAAGUCAGGAAGAUUAUGAACGUAUUUUAAAAACACUUAAAAACGAUGAUGAAAUAUUAAAUUUUGUUCAAUUUUUUAAAAUAGCGUUAUACGUAACAGCAAAAAAAAACAUUAUAAACCACCUAGAAGUGAGUUUUAAUAAAUUACAAAAUGGUGACACAAUAUCAGUAAGUGAAUUUCGAGAUAUCUUAACAAAAUGGAAUAUAGAUGCGAUUUCUAAGAAUGCAAAUAAUAUAACUAGUAUAUUAGACAAUACCAAACGAUUGAAUUUAAAUGAUAUCAUCAAAAUUUUGAUAUAAGAAUGUAUUUAUUAUGAUAAAUGAAUGUAGAAUGUUUUGAAUAAUAAUUAAAUAAAUGAAAAAAAUUUGAUUUCUUUAAUAAAAUAUUAAUAAAAUUAAUAACAUGUCUAUGUUAAAGUUUUGUCAUUAAGAAUAAAAAUAAAUUUUGUUAUUAUAAUAAAGACAUACAACUCAUUA